GCUUAAUGGCCUUCUUAUAUUGAAGAAGACAUAAUCAUUGUCUGUUUUCUCAUGCACUAAGUUCGCUCCGCCUGAAGGAAAUCCAGUUGCUUAACGCUGUCAGCGAGGUUCUGUCACGCACUGCCUUAACACUCUUUGAUACGACAUAAUUGUUAUGUGUUAGUAUUUACCCCCAAUGCUUUCGCGUCUCAGGCUAUCGCUGCGGUGCUUUACGCACUCUUUGCGCUGUCACAGUGCAUCCAGCAUACCCCCAGCACAUACUACGAUAUGCAGUAGCGAGACCGAAAGCCGCGAGCCGGCAAACCGCAAGCUGGAACCGGAUGUCUUCCGGGGCAGCGGCAUUGCAGCGGGGGCGUGGAAAGAGUGGUUCCGCUCGACCGAAACAUGUCAGCUGAACAUUACGAGAGGCUUUGCUGGAGCGGCGCGGUCGGGCAUUGAGGGGCGCAACACCCCUGGCAUUCGCUUUCAAGGCAACAUAAUCCAUGACCUGCCUACGUUGUUGGCAAAGGCGGAGGCUCGGGCAAGGGCAUGGCACCCAUCGGACAUACAUGCAGCAAUCGACAUUUCCAUUAAGUUGCCAUGCCAAGGCGCUGAUGGUGUAAAACUUCUCCACCGUGUACUGGCCGUGCUCUCAGCCGCCUACCUGCCACACGUGCCCAACCUGGCCCAACCACAUCUCUGCACUAUCCCGUUGUGGGCGUGUGCCAAGGCGGAUUACUGGGAUCGCCAGCUGGUGACAGCGCUGCUCGGACGGCUGGCGUGGGAUGGUGGAAGGCUGCUGGUGCAGGCCAGCGGGAAAAACCACGCCAACCUGUGGUGGGCAAUGUCCAAGGCCCCAAACGACUUUGUAGAGGAAGCAGAUGGGCUGCUCCAUGCAAGCGCAAUCUUCGUCCGGAACAUGAGCACCCAGCAGCUCAACUCCCAGGACUGCUCCAACAUCCUCCUGGCGUGUGCUCGGCUGCAGCGCCGCCACGACCCAUUGCUGCAGCAGCUGGCCGCCUGUCUGGUGCAGCAGAGGCCUAGCGCCAAAUGUCAGGACCUGGCUAACUCCCUGUAUGCGCUGGCUGUGCUGGGGUGCACAGGAGGAGAAUACGCUACUGCUGUGCAGCAAUUAUGUUCCGAGGUGCACCAGCGCCUUCUGGGACCAUCUGCUCGGACCUUUGUGCCUCAGAACCUGUCUAAUAUCCUGUGGGCUUUGGAGCGGCUGCGGCCAGAUGGUAGGGAGGAGCUCGUACAGGCCUUGGCAGCCGAGUGCCAGCGCCGCAGCUUUGCUGGCUUCAAUGCACAGGACAUCAGCAAUGCUGCCUGGGCGCUCGCUAAGAUGGGGUGUGGUGAAGCUUCUGCACCCAGUGGGCGCCAGCAGCAGGACUGGUUCAAAGCUGCUGCCAUUGCAGCAAGUGCUCCUGGAACCAUGAGUGGUGCCAACUCCCAGGACUGGUCCAACCUGUGGUACGCACUUGCACUUGUGCGGCAUCACCCUGGUCCCAGCCUGCUGCAGGCGGUGCAGGCUGAGGUGCACUUGGAGGUCCUUCACAACAGCGCAAACUCCCAGGACUGUGCCAACCUCCUGUGGGCUCUGGCUACUCUGGGCCUGUACGAGCAGCGGCUGGUGGAUGUGCUGGUGAAGCGGCUGGGGGAGCUGCUCCAGGGGGCCAGCAAGGGGAGGGAGGGACUAAAUGAACAGGGUUUACCCAACAGCCUCUGGGCGCUAGCGGUGAUGGGCCCUGACGUGCUGUCUCGCCACAGCGGCCUGGUGGAGGGGCUGCUGAGGGAGGUAGUGCGGAGAUGGCAACAGGAAGGGAAGGAAAGCUUAACACGGGAAGGUCUGGUGCAGUUGUGGCAGACGCAACAAGAGCUCAAGCAUAUGAGCAGCGGCAGGGGCAACGGUCGACAGUUGCACCGGAUUCUUGCAGCCGCUAAUGGUGAGCGUAAAACACCACUGCUUGAUGCCAUGGAGCGCGCUGUUGAGGAGGAGCGCGUGGCGGAUGACAACGCCGUGUCACCGAUCCAGGAGCAACUAACACAGACCCUUGCACAACUCCAACGGCAGCUAGCAAGCAGCCCAGCUUUGGUAGGGCAGACAGCAAGUACGUGCAGUAAGAACGCAAGCAGCAACGUCACCGGCAGCAGCUGCACCACGACUGGUCCCACCAUCCUCUCCAUCCAGCAGAAGCAGCCGGUGGAUGGGACCAGCGGCUGUGUAGACAUCGUGCUUGAAGUGGAGGGAGGGAGGCGCAUGGCAUUGGAGAUAUAUGGGCCAUCAAACUUCCUGGCAAAUCACCGGCCUACCAAGACUGGCCCCACCCAGCUACGGGACAGGCAGCUGGAGCGGGUGUUUGGGGCGGGAAACGUGGUGAGCGUGCCGUACUGGGAGUGGGGGAAACUGCAAGGACCUAAGGCCCGGGAGCAUUACAUGGCGCGCUUGCUAGGCCUGGCACUGCCGGGACAGACGUAGAUACCUAGAUAAAGAGGGGUCAUCGUGCAUCUCAUAGCGUAUGGCCAUGUGCAGAUGCACUGCAUUAGCGUGUUUUGCUGGCAUGUUUGCACGCCGACAUGGUGAUGGUAUGGCUAUGAUGGAUGGUAUUGUUCCGCACUUGUUGAGUCACUUGUUGCCAACCAGAGGGGUGAUAGCUUGAUAGCGGCUUCUGCACCCAUCAGAACCAGGCGCCUCCCUUACCAUCUACCAUGUUGAGCUGUGUGGACGGCUUGGAGCCCCAGCCAUGUAGGAUGUUGUGUAGGGCCAGCAGCACCGGUAUCCUGGCUGGGGCCACUGUUGAGAAGCGAGAAGCAACUAGCAUGCACGGUACGUCCAGCACGGUUAGCAGGGGCUGUCAAGCACCGGGCAAGAGGGGAACGGGGCAUCUUUUUUCUUUGGAGAACUGUUACAGGUUUCCUGCAUGGUAGCACUAUAAGAGAGGAGGCCCAGCUGGUGAAAGAGGGACGCCAGUGCAGGGCCAGCAGGCAUAUGCAUCGCUCGUCUGGUCAUUGAACGUACGUCUAUAUUUUGGCGGGGGUUCGUUAUCCCGGUUGCAGACAGUUCAUGCGGUAUAGUGGCUGGUUGUCUUAGUGGUUGGGAAUGCGGUUGACAGACGGCCUCCUCAUCAGUGCGAUUGGGCGCCUCCUCCUGUUGUACGGCAGCAGAUCUGGAUCGCGCACUGAGGCUUAGCUCUGGUUGAACUCCUGCUACCUCCUAUUCUCCCAUCGCCACCUGCCCUGCUUGCCCUUAUCUAGGGUGUCAUCCUCCCUCCUAUCCGCUACCUUGUCAGUUCCUUAGAGGUACCUUCCCAAGAUGCAUCGCCCGUGCAUGCCCGCCCUCGCUAUGCAUGCAAUCCCAACACCGCAUGGCAGGUUGCAUGCGUGCAGGCCCCCAUUGCACAGUGGAUGUCGCAUGGCGCUACUUCUACGAGACUACGACCCUCUCUCGGCCAAAACGGCAUUACAGCCACGCUUUGUUAUGUAGGGGCCGGAGACCAACCUGGUGGGCCUACAAAACCUUGAUGCCGACGCCUAACCGACCGGGUUACCAUGCAACAGCCACGCACGCAACCUGUAUCCGUUAUCUGAUUAUUAGGGAGCCCAGUCCACUGAGUCCAAGGAGCUUGCACAACAACCCAGACCAUGGCCCCUAAACACCGGCAAAGGAUUUAACCACCGGCAAACCUUAAGGAAUACACAUAUGAUCAGGAGUGUUUGGACGCUCAUGCAGGAGGCGGUUCGGAGCCGCAAGGGUUUCAAAUGUUCACAUAUGCUAGGGAUGGGGAGGAGGGGGGAUGAAUGGAUGGAGUGGGGUUCCGAGAGUCAGGGAAUGGGAAUGGGAGGAAUGAGUUGGAAAAAGACCUGUCGUGCACCGUUACCGGCACGUGCAUUUUACCGGCAGAUGGAGGAUGUGGUUUUGAGUGUGUAUGCGGUUGGAGUUGUGUUUUCAUGCUCUGGGUGUGGUUCGUUCGCGGUCUGGUUGGUACGGCGUAUCUGACAUCUGUGCCGUACAGCCGUCAGUCCUCUUAAGUCGCGGCGAGACUCGGGGCUGCGCUCUGCUCGCAACAUAUGCAAGGAUGUAGGACGGUGGUUAUUGCCCUUGCAUGCGCGCCUUUGCGUUGCCAUUGUUGCUGAUUGGGUGUUCGAUGGUCUUACCAGGAUGGUCUAGCCUUCUCUGGCCUGUGACUGACUGAUGGAUUAGACAGCGGCCACCAGUUGGCGAUGUAAUGCUGAUCACGCAGUCCUAGGUCCGACGCUGACGCCCCAGAAUGCUACCUAGUUGGUCCUAGCCGCAGCGGAGUUUUUACAUGCACGGUCGCUCACAUUCUAGUUCCUGG